AUGCAACAUAUGCAACAAAUACCUCCUGCUCAACAGCCUCAUCCUCCGUAUCCAAAUAAUUACAAACAGCCUCAUGCCUACCACCAGCAACAGCACAUGAAUUCGUAUCAUGCCCAACCAAAAACACAGCCAUAUAAGCCACUGAUUUUCGAAUUCGAGGAGGGAAAUGGCGACAAGUUUCACUUUCCUUCAUACAGCUUCAUGGACGAGCUACCGGAUGGCACUGGCGUCAAAAUAUCCUUUUUGAUCACAAAGAUGAAACCAAAGGCUGACCCGGUUGUCAAACCACCAGCUACACCUGCACCAAAAGCAACACCAGUCUCUACACCUGGCCCUCCUGCACUCGAUACUCCGGGCGCAACACCUUCAGGUCCGUCGACGACGGCGCUCAAUCCUGAUACCCCGUUGCCAGCACCCUUACCGCCAGCAGCAUCAACGCCUGUGACACCUCAUGUCCCACCUCCUCGCAUAGAAGACUUUGACGAAAAGAACGAUAUUGCAGACAUUGAAUUCUACCAACCAGUCACGGCUCUUCUACGUACUGAAGACCCAGUUCUCCUGGAAUCCCUUCGUCGUGCCGUGCGGCCGCCGGAGGUUGUGGAAAAGUACAUGAAUGAGGUGUUUGACAAGUGUAGGCGUGCGGAUGAGACGUACUUGGCAUUCAGAUUACCCAAAGAUGGUGACGAGUUACCAGAGAAAAGGGCAAGGAGUGGAGAUGCGACGCCGACAGUGGCAACACCGGCUCAGGAUACGACUAUGGGAAACACAGGGUUUGGUCUGGGAAGUGCAAUAGAUAGGAAGAAGGCUGGACGCCCUAAGAAGGGACUUGCAUAG